AUGUUUGAGGCAUCUACCUUUGUGGUGGCAGCUCUUCGCCAGAGCGUCAUGGGCGACACUGAAACGCCACGCAAGCUGCCUGUCGCAGAGAAGGCGGCGCGUGCAAUGGCUCAGAAGCAGCGGCUAAGUGGCCUUCUCAUUGAACGGGACAUGGUGCCUAGCUACUCCUUGGUGGACCUUUGCUCGCACAUGUGCGACACAAACACCGUCACUUGGAUUAGCCCUGGGAAGUGCACCUCCCGUGAAUCCGAAAUCCAGGUCUCGUCCAAAGAGACAGCAAAGGUCUUCAAGCUCGAGGACCACCAGCUCAAGCUCGGUUCUGAGACCGCCGAGUUGACUGCAGACUACAGUUCUGCAAUCAUGCUACAGUGGUGCUUGCAACGCCGAGGUUUAGCUUUAGACCAGGUUGGGUUGGUCAGUUGGGAACAACACGAACAUUGGGUCCAACAUCUGCUGCAUAGCCUUACGAAGGACUGUCCCCCCGGUUGGAGUCGGCCCGGUGUUGCGCAGUUGGUGCAAGCUGAUAGGGAGGCCUUUAUGGUUAUGUCGGCUGAGUUGCAGACCUUGAAAGCAACCUCCACUGGAGCUCGUCCCAUGGGAGAGAAGUUGGUGCCGUUGCUCCUCCUGCGUCAACAGACGAUGCGCCAGGACUUUCGCGUGCAGCAAAACGGCGGGUGGGGCGCUCCUGCCAAGUCUGUCAUGCUCGCUCCUGGAAAGGAGGCGGGAAAGGUGCCAACAACAAGGCUUGACUAUCCGGUCCCGCGUUUCAUCCGACUUGUGAAGCCGGGCGACUCUCAUGUCUUUGCCUGCGUAAUGGUGCAGUGA